GCCAUGAACACCUGCAAGUACAAUGGCGGAGUGGUGAGACCACUAGUGGGCAGCCUGGCAUCCUCGUCGCGCCGCAACCUUGCUGAGCUCGACUCGGAGACCCAGCCCUUGCAGACGCUGCACAGCUCUGGCCUGGAGGUGGUGGUGUCAAAGGGAAACGCUGGCGAAGACCCCAGUAAGGCAUCCAAUGAGAGCUUGGUCAGGGAGGGUGGUGGGCGAGGCGGGGGCAGGGCACCCCAGAAGAAGAACAGGGACAUUGGCUACAAGCUUGGUCACCGGAGGGCGCUGUUCGAGAAGAGGAAGCGGCUCAGCGAUUACGCACUCAUCUUUGGAAUGUUUGGGAUUGUCGUCAUGGUGACAGAGACAGAAUUGUCAUGGGGGGUUUACACUAAGGAAUCUUCAUACUCAUUUGCACUGAAAUGCCUUAUCAGCCUUUCCACUGUUAUUUUGCUCGGUCUUAUAAUAAUGUACCACGCCCGGGAAAUCCAGCUGUUCAUGGUUGACAAUGGCGCAGAUGACUGGAGGAUAGCCAUGACAUAUGAGAGAAUCUUCUUCAUCGUGCUGGAGCUUUUGGUGUGUGCCAUUCAUCCCAUCCCCGGCCAGUACGUCUUCACUUGGACAGCACGGCUGGCUUUCACCUACAUGCCAUCUGUGGCUGAUGCCGAUGUGGACAUUAUCCUCUCUAUCCCCAUGUUUCUGAGACUCUACCUGAUCGGCAGGGUUAUGUUACUCCACAGCAAGCUGUUCACGGACGCUUCGUCCCGCAGCAUUGGUGCCCUCAACAAGAUCAACUUUAACACCCGCUUUGUCAUGAAGACCCUCAUGACCAUCUGUCCAGGAACAGUGUUGCUGGUGUUCAGUAUAUCCUCCUGGAUCAUUGCAGCAUGGACUGUGCGUGUCUGUGAGAGCAUAGUCUCUCCAGCAUAUCCUGCACAUCUUUAUAUUCCUGCAUGGUAUCAUGACAAACAGGAAGUAACCAGUAACUUCCUGGGAGCCAUGUGGCUCAUUUCGAUUACCUUCCUUUCUAUUGGCUACGGUGACAUGGUACCACACACGUACUGUGGGAAAGGCGUGUGUCUUCUUACAGGGAUCAUGGGUGCUGGUUGCACUGCAUUGGUGGUUGCAGUGGUUGCCAGGAAGCUGGAGCUGACCAAGGCUGAGAAGCAUGUCCACAACUUUAUGAUGGACACACAACUCUGCAAACGAGUAAAGAACACAGCUGCCAAUGUACUCAGGGAAACAUGGCUCAUUUAUAAACACACCAAGUUGGUCAAGAAAAUAGAUCACGCCAAGGUGCGGAAACACCAGCGCAAGUUUCUCCAAGCCAUUCACCAACUACGCAGUGUGAAGAUGGAGCAAAGAAAACUCAAUGAUCAGGCCAACACAUUGGUGGACCUAGCAAAGACCCAGAAUGUGAUGUAUGACCUGGUGUCAGAACUGCAGGAACGCAGCGAGGAGCUGGACAAGCGCAUCGGCACAUUAGAGGACAAGCUGGACUCGGUGGCAGGCAGCUUGCAGGCACUGCCCUGCCUCAUCUCCCAAGCCAUAACCCAGCAGCAGCAGGACUUCAUGGAUGGCUUUGUUCACCGCUUUCGUCCUGCCUCUCUAGCAUCAGAGCGUUCUGAACACUCCGAGCGAUCGUGGACUUCCACCACACGUAGGCGACGCUCUCCAUCAACAGCACCACACACAUCCUCUGACAGUGGAUGACCUUGACAAACUGUCUGUAAUCACCCAUCAGUCCCAGCCUUUUCCCAAACAAAUGCACACCUUUCAGUCCCAUCCAAAGUGUCUCUGUAUCCAAUUGUAAGUCCAUUUCUUGGACUAAUAUUGAACCCAUAUCUUGACCUGAGACCUGCUCUUUGCCCUUAUUCUCUCCCCUGUUUUUCCUCCUACUUAUCAACCAAAAGAAUCCAAAACCCCAAUCCUGUAUGACUGACCCUUUCAGCACAGGCCUGGAUUAGAGCUACUUAAAAAAAAGAACAAAGGCAAACAAAUAACAAAACACACAAAUGCAUCCCCAAAAGACAAGGAGAAAAAAAAUACAGUAAACUGAGACAAAGUAGAG